AUGCCGCCCCAGAAAAUCGCCAUCCUUGGUUCUACAGGUCGAACUGGCCGUGUCAUCGUGAAAAAUCUGCUGGAAAGUGAAGACGAGUCUUAUCAUCUCCACCUUCUCGUGCGUUCCAAAGAAAGGCUUGAAGGCCUGAUACCUGGCAUUCAACUCCAUCCCCGGGUGACGAUAGAGGAAGGACUUCCCAACGAGGUUGCAGCAGUCAAAAAUUGCCUUUCCGAAGCAUCAUUCAUUGUGUGCACCAUAGGCACCAACAACAAUGAGCCUGGGAUCAAAACGAUUCAGGAUACCGCGUCGACGAUUGUCGCUGCCUUGCUUGAGCUGAAGAAAGAGGGCGGAAAUAUGUGGAAGCGUCCACGUCUCACGCUUCUUUCCUCAGCUUCGCGGAAUGAUCAGUUCAUAUCGCUGCGUCCUUGGGUGCUGCAUUGGGCGAUCAUGAACGCAUUCAAUUAUGUCUAUGCAGACCUCGCAGUUGCUGAGGGUAUCCUUUUGUCGAACAAAUCACUUUUGACAUUGACGCUGGUCCAACCUCCCUUACUAGUAGAAGGGAAAAGGUCAGAGUUCACAAUUUCCGAGACCUACGUGGGCCCAGCUGUUUCUUACGAGGAUCUUGGAGCUGCAAUGGCAGAGCUGUGUAUAGUACCGGAAGCAGAUGGGCCGACCUGUACGGGAGUCACUAGCGACGACUCGUUAGGAGAGGUUGGAGCUGCAUUGCAAGGGCCAAAAAAUCUCUUGACGGGUUUCUUGGGCAGAAUGGUACCUGGGUAUUGGAAAGUACACGGGCUUUGCUUUGGAGGUUGA